AUGAAGGUCGAGUUGUGCAGUUUCAGCGGGUACAAAAUAUACCCCGGCCAUGGCCGCCGAUACGCCAGGACGGACGGGAAGGUUUUCCAGUUCUUGAACGCAAAAUGCGAGUCUGCAUUUUUGGCCAAGAGGAAUCCCCGACAGAUCAACUGGACUGUGCUGUACAGACGCAAGCACAAGAAGGGACAGUCCGAAGAAGUGAGCAAGAAGCGAACCCGCCGUGCUGUCAAGUUCCAGAGGGCCAUCACUGGCGCCUCACUGGCUGAGAUAAUGGCCAAAAGGAACCAGAAGCCCGAGGUCCGAAAAGCUCAGAGAGAGCAGGCCAUCAGGGCUGCCAAGGAAGCCAAGAAGGCAAAGCAGGCAGCCAAGAAGCCUGCUGCACCUAGUGCUAAGGCUAACACCAAGGCUGCACAGAAGCCCAAAAUCGCCAAGCCCAUGAAGGUGAACGCACCUCGUGUCGGCGGCAAGCGCUAA